CCUCUUCACUCCAAACCCUGAAGAAAUGGGGAAGAUCCAAACCACCAAGAAGCGCCGCCUCGUCAAAACCGCCGAUAAAAACCUCGACAAAACCCCCACCACUCCUAAACUCGAACCAAAACCCCAACAACCACAACCACAACCACAACAAAACGACGACGUACAAGACCUCCCCCACAAGCAGCCCCACCAAACCGGGUCGGGUUCCGACUCCGACUCCGACUCUGACUCCGAGUCUCUCUCUCAGCUCCUCGAGCCCUUCUCCAAGGAGGAGCUCAUCUCCCUCAUCACCUCCGCCGCCUCCGCCGACCGCUCCCUCUGCAAACGCAUCCGCCGCGCCGCCGACGCCGACGUCUCCCACCGCAAGAUCUUCGUCCACGGCCUCGGCUGGGACACCAACGCCGAAACCCUCGCCGCCGCCUUCGCGCCUUUCGGCGAGGUCGAGGACUCCAACCUCGUCAUGGACAGAAUCACCGGCAAGACCAAAGGCUACGGCUUCGUCCUCUUCAAGACCCGCCGCGCCGCCCUCGACGCCCUCAAGGACCCCAAGAAGUCCAUUGGCAACCGCACCGCCUCCUGCCAGCUCGCCUCCGUCGGCCCCGGUACCAAUUCCAAUUCCAACACGGCGGCGCAGCCUUCUUCGUCUUCUAGCGGUCACUCCGACAUUCCCGGGAGGAAAAUAUACGUCAGCGGCGUGCCGCACGACGCCGACGCCGAUAAAUUGAAGGCUUUGUUCGCGAAAUUCGGAGAAAUCGAGACCGGGCCCAUGGGGUUCGAUUCGCAGACCGGAAAAUGCAGAGGCUUUGCUUUGUUCUUGUACAAGACUGUGGAUGGUGCGAAGAAGGCAUUGGAGGAGCCGGUGAAGGUAUUCGAAGGGCAGCAAUUGAACUGCCAGAAGGCCGCCGAGGGCUCGAAGAACAAGAACAACAACAAUGCAGCUGCGCCGCCGCAGCAGCAAAUGCAGACUCCACCGCUGGCCGCCGUGCCUGGUGCCCAGAAUUUGGCGUUUUUCGGACAGUAUCCGGGGUUUAAUCCAAUGUAUGGUGGGUUGAUGACUAAUAUUGGAGCUGCAUUGGUUCCAGGGGCUGGUAAUAUGAUUGCGCGGCCGUUGAACCCCGGUUUACUAGCAGGGGCGUUGAGUACUGGUGUUUUCCCAGCUGGACAGUAUGGUCAGGUGGCUGCUGGUGGGUUUGGUGGUGUGUCUCAUGGUAUGGGGAGUUUCGGUGCCGGAGGGUCGUUGCUUGGGUCAUACGGGUCUAUUGCGCCAAUUCCCACAAUGCAGGGCCUGCAGCAAGUUUAUCCAGGUUCACAGACGGGGCAAACAGCUACGGUUAGGCCUCAGGGGACUAGUGGGUACCAGCCUUAUCUGUGAGUAAGUGUGGCUGAAGUUCAGGAGGGAUGAUCAAUGACUCUUGGGAAAUGUUUAUCCUAAGCUUGCUUUUGGUUGAUCAGUUUUCCAUAGGGACGAAUUUGGAAUUAAAUAUAAUUUUCUCAUGGUUCAUAUCUUCCUCCUGCUUAGCAAUAACUUGAUGGAUGUUCCUGCUAUUAUUUUAUUUUUAUCUUUAGUCCAUCAAAUCAUCUUUCUCAA